AUGUAUUGUCUGUAUCGUUGCCCGCUGUCCGGAUUCCUCAUCCAUCCUCCUUUCUCUACCCCUCUUUUCCCUUGCGCAACCCCCCUUUUCCCUUGCGCUACCCCCGUUUUCCCUUGCGCUACCCCCGUUUUCCCUUGCGCUACCCCCGUUUUCCCUUGCGCUACCCCCGUUUUCCCUUGCGCUACCCCCUUUUCCCCUUGCGCUAACCCCGUUUUCCCUUGCGCUACCCCCUUUUUCCCUUGCGCUACCCCCGUUUUCCCUUGCACUACCCCUUUUCUUAUCAAGUUGCACGAACCCCAUUUUCCUUUGCACUACCUCCCGUUUCCCUUGCGCUACCCCCGAUUUCCCUUGCGUUACACCCAGUUUUCCUUGCCCUACCCCCUUCUCCGUUGCCCUACCCCCUUCUCCCUUGCCCUACCCCCUUCUCCCUUGCGCUACCCCCCUUCUCCCUUGCCCUACCCCCUUCUCCCUUGCCCUACCCCCUUCUCCCUUGCCCUACCCCCUUCUCCCUUGCGCUACCCCCUUCUCCCUUGCGCUACCCCCUUCUCCCUUGCCCUACCCCCUUCUCCCUUGCGCUACCCCCUUCUCCCUUGCGCUACCCCCUUCUCCCUUGCGCUACCCCCUUCUCCCUUGCGCUACCCCCUUCUCCCUUGCGCUACCCCCUUCUCCCUUGCCCUACCCCCUUCUCCCUUGCCCUACUACUCCCUUCUCCCUUGCGCUACCCCCUUCUCCCUUGCGCUACCCCCUUCUCCCUUGCGCUACCCGCUUUUGAAUGCGUGCCCCCAUGCUUCCCCUGCCCAAUUCGCUGCCUCGCAGCAAAACGUGUCCACAGUGGGGCGGAAGUACAAGUCGAAGGUGUGCCUGCCCGAUGCAGUGCGCCCAUCCAAUUUGGCCCCUCCUUUUGUCUUGCUCUUUCCUUUCGUCCUGCCGUCCCGCCGUUUUCUCCCCCAUCCCCCCUCCCCCUUCAUCCUGCAGGCCUCCCAGACGUGUGGGGUUCGUUUUAAGGUGUGGGCGCCCCGCGCAGUGCGCCAAUGCAGUUCGCCCCCUCCCCUUGUCUGUUUCCAUCCGGUUCUGCCUGACCUCCCCCGGUUCUGCCUGACCUUCCCCGCUUCUGCCUGUCCCCGGUGCGUGCAGGGUUCACAGCAGCACCUAUCCACGGUGGGCUUCAAGGGUUCACAGCAGCACCUGUUCACGGUGGGGUCGAAGGUGUGGGUGCCGGAUGCCGCGGAUGCGUGGGAGGAGGGCGAGGUGGUGGCGAGGGACCGCGGGAGCUCCCAGCUCACUGUGGCGCUCGGCACAGGCGGCAAGGGCCAGGCGAGUACGACACAAGGCAUAGGAGGGGCCGGGGAACAGGGGAAUGUGGGGGGGAGGGGAGGGGGAGCAGUAGCUGUACGGAACGGAGGGGGCCACAGCUCACUGUGGUGCUGGGUGGACGCUUCAAGGGCCAGGCAGGUAGGAGAUGAGUCACCACGAGGGGGGUUUUGGGACAGUAGCUCCUAG